AUGUCAGGACGUAGCCUAACUGGUAUCGCUCAAGGUGUGAUUCGCUAUGUGAAAGCCUUCUUUGCAAAUGAAUCCAGAACAACUCCUAACGAGCCUCCUUUAGGGCCUUGGUCGACGCAUGAUGCCAAUGUCACGGCCGUUCAGUGUCUUGCCAAGAAGGUAGGGAGUCGACCUGCGCUUCCAGCCGAGUUGAUCCUACAGACAUUAGACCAUCCAUCUCGAUGGAUCUGCUCAAAUCGAGUCCAUCUUCCGUGUUCACGCGAGAAGGAAGAUCCCAAACCCGCAACAUGUGAUUGCGGUCAAAUGGGACAAACGGUGCUUCUAACCCCUCUGAUUGUCGCAGGCUUUGGUGCAAAACCCCGCAUUCAGGUGCUACAGUCCUUGCCUCCUUUGACUGCGGACCAGCUAUCAACGCUUCGCCGUGUCGUGUUCACCUUCACAGGCCAUGAUCAAGGCUGGUCAUCAUUUCCGCCUGAUCACAAAACUUACAGGAACACCUGGUCUUGGUUCGAAGCAGCUGUGAAAAGGGAGCAUGGCGAGUUCACCACUGAAGAAGCGGAAGACAGAGGGGAGCAGCCAUACAAACGCUUCCAGCUACAAAGGAACGUACAUGCUUCGAAAGAGCAGCGAAGCUACAGGAAAGAAUUUGGUAUCGAACAUGAGAUGCUGCGAGAUGCCAAGGAGGGCGACAUCAUUGAGCUCGUUGCGUGUGCUCAGUAUGGAGGCUGGCAAAAUGUUGUGCAUGCAUACAGUAUUGAGCUUUGGUUGUUCGACAAGAUGGCAGAUUGA